AAGAACGUCUGAUCUCUUGCCCUCUCUCUCUUCUCUGAAUGGGCAUUGGGUCUCUGUUUCAGUGCCUCUCUCUUUCUCUCCAACUUCAGCCUCCACAAUCUCUCAGAUAAACGCCAAACCCUAUCUAUCACUCUCUUUACCCUCCACUUAUCAUCGAUUGCAUUCCCCUUUCCUUUUCUUCUUAGUUUCUCUUCGAUUCUUCAAUUCUUCCAUGUUUUUGCGCCGAUAGAAACUUCGUUUGGAGGAAUAUUCUAGGCCUCUCUUAAAACUUAUUGCUGCACUAUCUGUGUGAUAGCAUGCUGUGUCUGAUAAUACUUCAUUGAUGGCGGCCAAUCAACGGAGAAAAAGAUUGAGUUCUGCCAGUGUAGUUGGUUACGGUUCAAGAGAACCAUAUAGAGUGAGAAAAAAGAAUCUAGCAUUGCCACACAGUGAUGCAAACUUAAGAUCCCAUAUUACUCUGGUAUGGGAUGGGAGUAAAAGAAGAGUUGUUUCUAAAAGGGAACAAAUUGGCAUCAGUUGGAGAAAAUUGAGACCAUUUGUUGAAUCGGUUUCUAAUGAACAAACUAUCUUAGCUGACGUUUUUGAUGUCCCUCGUGAGAUUUUUGAGAUGGAAGAUUUAUCAGAAGUCCUUUCACUUGAGGUUUGGCAGACAUAUCUUUCAGAAGACGAGAGGAACAGUCUUAGGAAGUUUCUUCCUGGAGAACAAGAAAAUGAGACAGAUGUGGUGGGAGCUUUGUUUUCUGGGAAUAAUUUUCACUUUGGAAAUCCCCUUGUUAAAUGGGAGGCUGCACUUUGCUCUGGUGCCCUUCACCCUGAUACAGUUCUUCACCAUGAACAGUGCUUAAGGACAGAUAAAAAAGCAUAUUCCCGUGAGUUACAGAAGUAUCAUAAUAAUAUGAUUGGAUAUCUGCAGAAACUUAAGGAUAGAUGUGCGAGCUGCAAAGACCCAGAGAAGGAAAUCAUACAUCAAACAUGGAGGUCAAGAAAUUCAGAUAAUAGAGUCUCCACACUAGUGAAUGGGUCCAGAUAUGACCAUGAUGGGGACAAUGCUAUAGCUACAUCUGAGUCUGGUUCGUGGGCUGCAGAGGAGAAAGCAUGUAGUAGUGAUAACCAGACUUCAUUCAUGAAGGGUAGAGAACUUUCAGAAAGGAUGUGCAAUGAAGGAUAUAAGCGGGAAAGAUGCAGAAGUUCAUCAAGUGCUUUUGAUGACAUGCUUAAUGUGGGUACUAGACCUGAGGACAAGCUACAAAAGCGCAACAUCCAGUGUAGUGACGGCUCCAAAUAUAUGUCAUAUUUCAAGAUUAGCAAGAAGCAGCAUGACCUAGUGAAGAACAUGAAGCAAUCCGGAUCUCUGGACCAAGUUUUAGGUGACAUACAAGCUUUUAAUGUACAACCGUACCAAGUAUUUGUAGAGGAAGAACGGAAAAAGUUGCAUGAGCACUGGCUGCAAUUAUCAAAAGUUCAUCUCCCAGUUGCAUAUGCCAAUUGGAGAGAGAUUCAUUUACAGAAACGGCAAAUAACCAAGGCCUUGGAGCAAGAUCUGAAAGACAGACAAACACAGCUGAUGGAUGUGGACAAUGAAAGCCAUGAUAGCAUGCUUCGAGUUCAAAUGGAUGCUGAAGAAACAGAUGAAAUGGAUGUGGAAGAAACAGGAAAUGAAUCUAUUGAAAAAUCAAUUUCAGGCUCCCAAAGUAGUCAGUCCUCAGAGCUGGUCAAUGGUGGGCUGGAGAACGACAUCAGUUCAGAUCCCCAAAACCACGACACCCCAAAUUCUGGUGAUACUCAUCUCAAAGAAUCUGGAAUAUCAAGAAACAUGGAUGCUAUAGAAUGCUCAGCCAGCCAGGGAGAGGCCCUACUUUCUAUUGCUGAUGUCCGCCCAGGAACAGGCAUGCCAAAGAAUUACUACAGCUCUUCUACCAGCCAUGAUUAUGCGACAUCCAUAAGUAAUUUGUCUCUUGCAAAUUCUCAUGCCGACAACGAGCAAAAGACAAAAAUUUUCGAUGUGGAACCUGACAUGCCUGCCAGAGGCAUUGCUAAAAGUUUGUUGCAUAGACAGCCAGAUGAGGGCAAUUAUGCGAAACAUGGCAUACAUGGCAGGGAUAUCGGAAAAAUUCUGUUGUCUAGACAAUCAGAUAAUGGGACUUUUGUGGAACCUGAUUUGCAUAGCCGAGAUAUUGGAAAAAGUUUGUUACAUAGACAAUCGGAUGCCAACAACUUUAGUUCAUAUGAAAAGGAAGGUAAAUAUAUUGGAAAGACUUUGUUACAUAGACAAUCAGAUGAUGGCGCCUUUAGUUCUUAUGAAGAUCAAGGUAAAGAUAUUGGAAAACAUUUGUUACAUAGACAACCAGAAGAUGACACCUUUAGUUAUGAAAAUCAAGGUAAAGAUGAGUUACUUCAUUCUGUAUUUAAGAGACAGGGAGCUCUGUCUUUCCAUCACAAGGAGAGGCACUCAGGUUUAAAUUACCAGCCAUCAAACGACUUGAUAGAAGAGAGUCAGUUUUCUAGACAUUUCCAGGAGCAGCCAGAUUUAUCUGUGCCUUCGCACCAAAGGCGGAAGGAAGACGGCCAAGUUUACAUUCAACAUAGCGUUUCAGAGAAUAUUUACCCUGAUGGCAAUAGGUAUCUGAUUCCUCCAACUCAACAACAGUUACCCUCCGUUGGAAUGCAGGACUGGGCUGUUAACUCGGUUCGUUUAUCUUCCCAUAUCCAUUCUCAUUCUCAUCCUAUUAACGGCGGACGUUUAUUAGGCGAGAACUGGUUUUCGGGUGAGCAUCAAGUCCGUGAUGGGUUUACAGGGUCAGAUGGCGUUAGCAUUAUAGUCCCAAAUCAAAGCAUUGGUAGUGGAAGUAGCAGCACAGAUCAAACCUUAUUCAGUGUUCUAUCUCAAGGUAAUCAAUUCUGUUCCCCUUUCCAUUCAAUGGGCUCGAACGGGCAAUUCAUUUCCCCAAGGAACUAUGGAAUGUUGCGUGAAGGAAAUCCUAUGAUCGGCAACGUCCUACCGGAAACAUCCAACCCAAUUAAUUACUUGGGGGGACAUGAAAUAGCAUCUCAGGGAAUGAGCUGGGCAGGCACGAGACAUCAAAGUUCCAAUUUGACUGAUCCAAUGGAGAAACCAUAUUUAAGAUCUUGGAAUCAAUGAGGAGAAAUCUGUGGCCAUUUAGUUUUGCAAUAAGAGACAGACUUGUGAAGUUUGUCUUGGAGUAAGAACUAGAAGAUGCAGCAAUGGCAUAAGCUAAUAGAUGAAUGUGACUUGAGCCUGAGAUUUCUAUUAGAAAAAUGAAAGAAAAAAGAAACAUUGUGGAUGCUUCAAACAGAGGCUGGUUUUGUGCAAUCAAAGAAUGGUAGUAUGUGUUAUUAUACAAACCCAAUUCAUACAAGAGAAGCAACACAACACCAUUGUAUAUAUCUAGAUGUUAGAUGAGCAGCUGGAAGAGAAGAAGAAAUUUUGAAUGAUGAAAAGAUCAAAGAUCCAGGCAAAAAAUACUUUUUUCCUGGUAAGGUAAAUUUUUUUGUAGCUUGUUCUUUAUUUUAAACCCUCCUCUCUGUUCUGUUGCUUAGAAAAGAUAAAUUUCAAUAAUUUUGAAAGCUUCAAAGCCAUCUGAGGCCAAUGCUUUAGAGGAGAUGAUUCUCCUGAUUGUUUCCUUUUAUUUAUUGUUAAGUUGUUGAUUAAUUUUUUAAGUUGAUAAUAAUUGCAGCUCUACUGAGUU